AGGAGGAUGAAGACGCUGGUGGUGUUCCUGCUCCUCAUGAACGUUUCCCAGCAUGCCUCGGCUCUGGAGGUGUAUGAGGGGGUGGAGUCUGUCCUGCUGCUCUGCAAGGGCACCUCUGCACUUCGUGACCCCACUCUGGUGUGGACUUGCCAUGACCUCAGUCUUCCAGUCGUCCACGAGCGUAAUUAUGCUGGAGAUGAACUGAGAGACCAAAACCAGCGUUACAGGAGAAGAACGUCCAUGAAGACGGACUCUCUGAGGACCGGAGACUUCAGCCUCACUCUGAGGAACCCCAUCACCUCUGACAGCGGCACCUACACCUGCACCGUCACUGCAUUUGGAAACACACGGACACUGACAGAAGUAGAGCUGCAGGUCAAAGUGUCCCACCAAGUCUUCACCCUGCAGGUGUACGAGGGGGCGGAGUCAGUCCUGCUGCCCUGUCAGAUCCCGUUUGUAUCUGGACCCACCACAGUGGUGUGGAGCCGCUACGACCUCAAUCCUCCAACCGUCCACCAGCGUCAGCAGGAAGAGGACGAGCUGACAGAUCAAAACCAGCGUUACAGAGACCGAACAUCCAUGAAGACUGACGCUCUGCAGACUGGAGACUUCAGCCUCACUCUGAGGAAACCCCACAUCUUUGACAGCAGCAACUACACCUGCACCAUCAGAGUGACGGGAGAAGAACCCAGACUGACAGAUGUUCAGCUGCAGGUCAAAGAGCCGUACACUUUCCCAGCCGAGGCCUCGGUGAUCCUGGCUGUCCUGGCCGUCGCUGCUAUUGUGGGUCUUGGAGUAUAUUUAUGGAAACUCUUCUACAGAGUCCCCCAGGUGGAGGUGGAUUCAGGGGUGGAGUCUGUCCAGCUGCCCUGCAAAACCACACUUCACCUGCCUGAAGACGCUAAAGUGGAGUGGAUGGACAGUAAUUUUGAAAAGGUCCACGUGUAUAAGAACGGCUCUGACCAGCCUGAAGAACAACACCAGGUUUACAGAGACCGAACGAAGAUGAAUGAAGACCUGCUGAAAACUGGAGACCUCAGUCUGACCCUGAAACACCCCACAGAUGGAGAAGCAGGCAAAUACACCUGCACCGUCUACAACAAGGAGAGAAAAAUCCUGCUGAAGAAAAGGGUGGAGCUCCAGUUCAAAGUCCCCCAGGUGGAGGUGGUUACAGAGGUGAAGUCUGUCCAGCUGCCCUGCAAAACCACACUUCACCUGCCCAGAGACACAAAGGUGGAGUGGAUGGUCAAAGGCUCCAAAAAGGUCCACGUGUAUCAGAACGGCUCUGACUGGCCUGAAGACCAAGACCAGAGUUACAGAGGCCGAACAGAGCUGAGGAGAAACCUGCUGAAAACUGGAGACCUCAGUCUGACCCUGAAAUACCCCACAGACUGGGACACAGACACCUACACCUGCACCGCCUACAACAACAGGAAGAAGAUCCUGAUCAAGAAGGAAGUGGUGCUGAAAGUCAAAGUCCCCCAGGUGGAGGUGGAGUCAGGGGUGGAGUCUGUCCAGCUGCCCUUCAACACCACACUUCACCUGCCUGAAGACGCUAAAGUGGAGUGGAAGGACGAUUAUACAGGUUAUAGGAUCAGCAACAGGAAGGUCCACGUGUAUGAGAACGGCUCUGACCAGCCUGAAGAACAGCACCAGGUUUACAGAGACCGAACGAAGAUGAAUGAAGACCUGCUGAAAACUGGAGACCUCAGUCUGACCCUGAAAUACCCCACAGAUGAUGACAACUACACCUACACCUGCACCGUCUACAGCAGGGAGGGAAACAUCCUGCUGAAGAGAAAGGUGGAGCUGAAAGUCAGAGUCUGUCAGGUGGAGGUGGAGGAGGGGGCGGAGUCUGUCCAGCUGCCCUUCAAAACGAUAGGUGACCUACCUGGAGAUGCUGAAAUGGAGUGGAAACGUAUUAAACCAGAACCAUCAAUUAUGGCGCACCUGUAUGCAAACGGCUCUGACCAGCCUUACAGGCAGCAGCAGGUUUACAGAGACCGAACGAAGAUGAAUGAAGACCUGCUGAAAACUGGAGACCUCAGUCUGACCCUGAAAUACCCCACAGAGAGAGACAGUGGAGAAUACGUCGGUAGAGUUGACAAAAAGGAGGGAAACGGUUGGAAGAUGUACCGAAGGAAAACAGUGCUGCUCAAAGUCAAAGGGAGAGUUCAGGUCCAGGAUCAAACAGGGGACAUCAGGAACAGAAGCAACAGCCUCACUAAGCCCCGCCCUCUUCAUUCACCUGCUCGUCCCAGUCGGGCUCACGGGGGCGGCGGUCUCAGCGCACACGCUCACACCUCUUUCCACGUCCUCCAGCUCUUCUGGGACGCUGAGGCGUUCCCCGAUGAGUCGACAGACUGA